CAAUUCAUUAACCCCCGUGUCUUUCCCCACACACCCACCUGAACUCCUCAUAUCGAUUCUCACUGCCUGCUCUACUGCAAGAGACCAUUCGCACCAUCCAUAAUGCCUUUCAACACAGCGUUGACGAGAAAGCUCGGCAUUCGAGUCCCCGUCGUGCAGGGCGGAAUGCAAUGGGUGGGCUACGCAGAGCUCGCAUCUGCCGUUUCCAACGCCGGCGGACUCGGCAUCAUCACCGCCCUCACCCAGCCCGACCCCGAAUCCCUCCGCAAAGAAAUCCGCAGGUGCAAGCAAAUGACCGACAAGCCCUUUGCGGUCAACCUGACCCUCCUCCCCUCCAUGGUUCCGCCCGACUACGGAGCAUACGCACAGGUGGUGUUGGAUGAAGGCAUUCGCAUUGUGGAGACUGCGGGCAACAGCCCGGGCCCCAUCAUCAAGCAGCUGAAAGAGGCCGACCCGCCUUGCGUGAUCUUGCACAAAUGCACCACCAUUCGACAUGCCAUGAGCGCAGUCAAGCUGGGUGUGGAUUUCCUGUCGAUUGAUGGAUUCGAGUGCGCCGGCCAUGUUGGCGAGUCAGACAUUACCAACUUCAUCCUGCUGUCGCGCGCACGACAAACCAUGCCCGUCCCCUUUAUCGCUUCAGGCGGCUUUGCCGACGGACAAGGCCUAGCGGCUGCGCUCGCUUUGGGCGCUGAAGGUGUCAAUAUGGGCACGCGCUUCAUGUGCACGGUCGAAGCGCCGAUUCAUCAGAAUAUCAAGCAAGCGAUUGUGGAUGCGCAGGAGACGGAUACCCAGCUGGUCCUCCGAAGGUGGAAGAAUACGACACGGCUCUUCAUGAAUAAGAUUACGGAAGAGGUGUCCAAGAUUGAAAAGGAGAGCCCGACGGGCAAGUUUGAGGAAGUUGGCCCGCUCAUGAGUGGAAAGCGGGGGAGACAGGUGUUCCAGAAUGGUGAUCCAAACUUUGGGGUCUGGACUGCUGGUCAAGUCAUCGGUCUGAUCCAAGAUAUUCCGACGUGUGAGGAGCUGCUCAGCCGAAUGGAGAAGGAGGCGACAGACACCCUUUCACAGAUCUCGAAAUUGAUUGUGGAUAAACAGCCUCCGCCAGACAUUGCAGGAAAACGCCUCGGAGACAAGAGUGAUCCUCGUGAUGACGGUGUGAGCGUUGCAAAGGCGAGGCUGUGAGGAAUCUUUAAUAAUGAGAAGGUGGCACUGUGAGAUCUAGAUCAGAUUCAUCGAUGUUAGCUUGACACCCUCCGAUUUAUAGAGCAUUCUGUCUGUUAUUGAAUUGCGUUCGUGUUGUUCGCCUUCCUGUGAG